AUGUGGGCAGUCUCACAUCGAGUACAAGUUCAGCAGUGCAGCAAGGGCAGGGAGCAUAACAAGUCCAAGCAGUGCAGCAAGUCAAGGAGCGAAACAAGUCCAGGAGGCAGCAAGCCAAGGAAGCGCAGCAAGUCAAGGAAGCGCAGCAAGUCAAGGAAGCGCAGCAAGUCUAGGAAGCGCAGCAAGUCCAAGAAGCGCAGCAAGUCUAGGAAGCGUAGCAAGUCAAGGAAGCGCAGCAAGUCUAGGAAGCGCAGCAAGUCCAAGAAGCGCAGCAAGUCUAGGAAGCGCAGCAAGUCCAGGAAGCGCAGCAAGUCCAGGAAGCGCAGCAAGUCCAAGAAGCGCAGAAACGUAGCAAGUCCACCAAAUACGGUAGCGGCAACAAUAGAAAGUAGUAGUAGUAGUAGUAGUAGUAGUAGUAGUAGUAGUAGUGGCAGUGGUAGUGGCAGUUGCAGUAGCAGCAGCAGCAGCAGCAGCAGCAGCAGCUGCAGCAGAGGAAUAAGUGACAGCAACAACAGCAGCAGGAGAAGAAGAGGUAGAUGUACAAGACGUAUUAGUGGAAGCAGGUAUAGUAGUAUCAGUAGUAGCAGUUGUAGUAGUAGUAGUAAAAGUAGUAGUAGUAGUAGUAGUAGUAGUAGAAGAAGAAGAAGUACAUGUAGUAAUAGCAAUAGAAGAAGCGGCACCAGUAGUAGUAGUACAAUCAAAAUGUUAACUAUUGGCAAUGGAGGGUAUGAGGGUUGUAGAUCUAGUAAAAUUGUCCGUUAGGUUUGGUGGGGAUCACUUUUUAAUAGAUAUUAUCGUCGAAAGUCUUUUUAGGAGCCGGUGUUUUACACGGAAAGAGUAACUUUUUUAAAUAGAAUAAUGUCCGGGAAUCGAUAUU